AUGGUUAGGAACGCCUAUGAGGCCCUGACGACGAUGGCAGCAUCAAGAUUGGACGCGACUGUGAGGAGGAAAUACAGAGGAGUGAGACAGAGGCCAUGGGGGAAGUGGGCGGCCGAGAUACGAGACAUUUUCAAGGCCUCGAGGGUGUGGCUUGGGACGUUUGACACGGCUGAGGCGGCAGCUCGGGCCUACGACCAGGCUGCCCUCCAGUUCAAAGGCAGCAAGGCCAAGCUCAACUUCCCCGAGAAUGUCCGGCUCCGGCAACGCUCGGGCCUACGACCAGGCUGCCCUCCAGUUCAAAGGCAGCAAGGCCAAGCUCAACUUCCCCGAGAAUGUCCGGCUCCGGCAACGGUGAGGAGGAAAUACAGAGUGAGACAGAGGCCAUGGGGGAAGUGGGCGGCCGAGAUACGAGACAAUUUCAAGGCCUCGAGGGUGUGGCUUGGGACGUUUGACACGGCUGAGGGGGCAGCUCGGGCCUACGACCAGGCUGCCCUCCAGUUCAAAGGCAGCAAGGCCAAGCUCAACUUCCCCGAGAAUGUCCGCCUCCGGCAACGAUGA